GGAUUCGCAGAGCAACAUUCCGAGAGCGUAGCCCUGCCAUGAUCGGAUUCCAAAGCGAAUGCGGCGAGCCACUUUCACUCAGGAUGGCCUCGGGAUUCCGGCCGACCGCGCGCCGGACUACCGCCCCGAGGUGGACGUGGAGCGCUUGGCCCAGUACUUCAACCAGCGCUAUGGCAGCCUGGAGGAGGCCCGCAAGGCCCUGGACCCCGAGGUGAACUUCGAGCUGAGUGCCUUCGAGCAAGUGCUCAAGAAGUGGGGCGUCAAGGUCGACAAUGUCGUGGAGCUCUUCGAUCACAUCGACGUUGACUGGAACGGCAGCAUCUCAGUGGAGGAGCUACUGAACGUGCUGGAUUCGCCGUUGGAGGACAUCCAGCGCCGGGAGCGGCAGCGCCAGCGCCAGGAGGUGAAGCGCAUCUUCGAGGAGCUGGCGCGGAGCAUUUGCGAGAAGUUCGGCAGCAUCGAGGACGCCUUCGCGAAGCACGGGCUGCACGGCACCGGGUCCUCGCUGUCGCUGGCGCAGUUCGGCAAGUUGGCCAAACAGUUGGACAUCGAGCUGGAAGCAGGUGUCAUGCAACGGGUCUUCAAUGAGAUCGAUGAGGAUCGCACAGGCAGCAUCUCAGUGCAAGAGUUGCAAAAGGCCCUGAUGUACCACAUUGUCAGCUACGUGGUGGUGGAGAUCGCCCACUUCUUGGAGCAGAAGGGCGGCCUCGUGGAGGCCUUCGCCUCCCUCGGGGAGAUCUCCUCCGUGCUGCCGCCGGCGCCCUCCACGCCCGGGGCGCCGAAGCCGCCCCCGCGGCUGCCCGGAGAGGAAGGCGUCUCGGAGGAGAAGUUUCUGCGGGUUUUGCGACAGCUCAAGGUCCUGGAUCACAUCACGGAAAGUGCCGCCCAGAUGAUCUACGCUGGCCUGAAGCCCUUCACUAUGGAGGACUUUGUGCGGAGACUUCAGGAGGAGCACAGCCUGGCCAGCGAGCUGAAGCGGCGCCUGCAGGAGGACUCCGAGAGGCACGAGAAGGAGCGCAAGAGACGCCUGGCCAAGAGUCUGCAGAUUGACUCCAAAGAACGGGCGGCCAAGGACAUUGAUGCUUGGCUAGAGAAGGCGUCUGCCGCCAGAGAGACGGCCCCGGUCACCCAGCGCUGGGCUUUCCUGGCUCGCGCGGGUACUUCAAAGGCACAGCUCCGUGACUACGCGUCCGUGCUGGAGGGCCACAUCCAGGCCAACAGCGAAGCAAUCCAGGCGCUGCAGCGCCAGCUGGGUUCGGAGAGCGCGCCCAAGUUCCUCGCAGAGCCUUCGGUGUCCGACAAGGCGUACUUGCUGAAGCCCACGCCCUCCUCGCCGGUGGUGGCGCCGGUGGUGGCGCCGGUGGUUCCUCUGGCGCCUUUGCGCCUUGAUGAAGCCACGAUGCACCCCGAGCACCGCACGCUGCUGGCGGAGCGGCUCCUGCAGGCUGCGGCGCUGGGGCAGGCAAGCACCGUGCAGAGGUGCUUGACGAGCCGCGCCGACAUCAAUGCAGUGGCGUGGGGCGGAGUCACAGCUCUCAUGUCUGCUGCACAUCAUGGGCAGACGCAGGUUGCGGAUCUGCUGCUGAAGAGUGCUGCAGACCCCGUCCGCACCGACCUGCUGGGGCGCACAGCUCUGGACCACGCGCGGCGUCAGCCGGCGUACGUCCAGGAAUGGCUCCGGGGCCACGGCGUGCUGGGCCGCGAAGAGCUGGAGCAGUUGGUGCAGGCCCUGGGACGGAAGCUGUUGGAGACCCGGCAAGAGUGGAAGAGGCUCCAGGCAAUGAGGGAUACAAUCCCCAGUGAGGAUGUGCUGCGCCACAAGAAGCUAAUGAACCGCCUUGGCCCCCGCGCCAUUUCCCACCUGGAGGCGCGCCUUACUCCCCUUCACUUCUGCAGGGCGGAGUACUGGGCCGAUCCGUGAGCUACCCGCCCCGGAGUCCGAGCAAAGAGGCGCAGGAGCCUCCAGUGAGAUGAAGCUGCCAGAGUGGUAGUCAAAACCCGGUUGCAAGUGAAGG